GAAACUAGUGAAGGUUAAAAAUCUACUCUCCAUGCAAUCCUACAAAGAGAAGUUGAAACAGCUCAAGCCAGACAAAAAGACGAAACUUUUCCCGAGUCUCGGAUCAAUUCCAAUGGAUCCCACUUCCCAAGAACAGACUGAUACUCCCAUCGCUCAAGCUUUUACCGUCUUUCCUAAUCUCCCUCUCGAGUUACAGCGCAAGAUAUGGGAGUUUGCUGCAGUCCCAAUUUCUCGCGCCAUAGAAAUCCAAUCCAAAUACAAAAAGAAAACCAACAAACACAUAACUUCUUUCUACGAAGCCUUCAACAUUCAACGUGGCGUCCGAUAUUACACAACGACAUCCCCUAUCCCAACUAAUCUUCUCCAUACUUGUAUCGAAUCACGCAAUAUUGCUUUGAGGAGCUACAACUUCCGUACAUUUUUCCGUCGACCCUUCUACAUCAACGAAGAUCUAGAUAUCUUCUGGGUACGAGGCCCAGCCGUCAUCGGUUUCCCGAGUAAAAAUGAUAGUAUCAUCAUACACUGUCCGCGAGAAAAAGGAAAACUGCACAACCUAAUCUCAGAACACAAAUUCCGCCAUCUCGCCAUCGACUACCAAGCUGCUCGCGAUCCGUUCCCGAUGUGGACGAGUUUCUUCCCGGGCCAGCGAAAUCGCAGCUGGAAUAUGUGUUUUUGGAGAGACUAUAUUUUGGAGAGUCCUGCGAUUGAGAAAAUAUAUCUGGUAUACACGAAACUAGAAGAGCGGGAAAUGGCGCGGGAGGAAGCGAAGAAUAUGUCUGAGCUGGGGAAAGAUUUUAUGGAGAAGAGGGAGAAGGAUGUUGCGGUAAUUAUACCGGGGGUAUAUAAGUGGUAUUGUAAAGCUAGUGAAUUGAGGAGGAGACAUGGAUUAGGAUUCAAAGUUCCCUCUGUGGAAGCAAUCCUUGACACAGAGUUCAUCCAGAAUUCUCAUUAAGUCAUCUCAUUCAAAGUGUAGAAUGAUACUUUAACCAUACUUUUCCGCUGAGAUACAUUAUUUUAUUGUCAAGAUGAACCAAAAUGAUAAUAUAGUAGAUCA